AUGGAGAACCUGACUUUCAAUGCUGACAUUUUUUUCCUAGAGGGGUUAAAAGUCACCCCACAAUCUUCUUUUCCUGCUUUCAUCCUCCUCCUCAUCAUAUACAUCUUCAUCAUGGUGUCCAACAUCAGCCUCACGGCCCUGAUCUGCCUGGACAGGAGCCUUCACCAGCCCAUGUAUCUGCUCUUCUGCAACAUGAGCAUCAAUGACGUCUUUGGUGCAUCCACCAUCAUACCCCGCUUGCUGAGUGACAUCUUCAUAUUAACAAAAGACAGAUACAUAACCUACAAAGAGUGUGUUAUCCAAGCCUUCUGCGCUCAUUUCCACGCUGGCACCUCCCACUCAGUGCUCAUGGUCAUGGCCUUUGAUCGAUAUGUGGCCAUCUGCAACCCAUUGCACUACGCCGCCAUCAUGACCAACAAGAUGGUGCUGAAGCUGACUUUGUUGGCAUGGUUUCUGGCCCUCGGCUCAGUAGUGAUCCUCAUAGGCCUCAAUGUACGUCUCUCGAGGUGCAAGAGGGCUAUAUUUAAUCCAUUUUGUGACAAUGCGUCCCUGUUUAAACUGUCCUGCGACAACAUCAUCAUCAAUCACAUCUACGGACUAACAUUUACUGUGGUGCUUUUUUCAUCUUCUAUAGGCAGUAUGGUCCUUACUUAUGCAAAGAUUACAGCAGUCUGUCUGACAAGUAAGAACAAAGCUUUGAACAGUAAAGCUCUUCGGACUUGCAGAACUCAUCUCUUUGUAUACCUCAUCAUAUAUUUUAGGAAAAAUAUUACGAUUUUGCCUAAUCGGUGA